UCCAUAUCUCUCACUUUGUCUCAUUUGUCUUCCAAUAACUCUAUUAUAUAUCACGCUUUCACUAUCAAUCCACAAAAAGUGUGGAAAUUUGUUUGAGAAGUUCACACAUAUACCUCCUUCUUAGAGGGGACCCGAGUGCGCUAGAAACCAAUCAUGCUUGAGGGAGAGGGAAGAAGGUACACGGUGUGGCCACUGGUUUGAAGUCAGUGAUCAUGACAUGGACUUGAACGCGUUUUCUCGUGGACUAGUCACCCUGAACUCAAGUGAAGUGUGAAACCAACGUUCCUAUAAUCCUUGUCGUAUUUGCAUCAACUUGAUCUCUGGUGCUCAUUUUUUCCCAGUAUUUCAAUCCCAAAGACCCACUACUGCACUUUCAAACCCUGUUGAAUUUGAACCUCUCAAGUUGUGACUUAUAUUUUUCUUCCUUAAUUGUGAUUAUUAUCGUUUUGACGGUUUAACAAGCCUCCAAGACCAAUAGAAAGAUUCAUCAUAUUGAUAGGUGCAGUUUUGAAGUAUUACACAAGACUCAACAAGUCAAGUCUUUGUGUAUGAGAUUGGUCUCACUUCCCUUCCUUCUUCCAUGGUCAUUUCCCCACUUCAAUUAUAUUGGCGUAUCAAGCACUUUAACUUGGUGUUAUAUUCUCAAGAGUGAGUGUAGACAAACAUAAGAGAAUCAAAUCCAAGUUGGAUUCUGUUCAUUCACUUUUUGCUCAUAAAGUUGAGGAUUCAUGAUGAGUACUACAGUUUAUGAAUUUCUGUUUCUUUUGUUUGCUCACUUUACUCUGCUUCUCUUGGUGGGUGUUGAUGGGAAUGAGUACCAAGGAGAGUGUCCACCUUCAUUUAGCUGUGGAUAUCUUGGCAAUAUCAGUUUCCCCUUCACUAAAACAGAACGCCAGGACUGUGGCUUUUUGCCCAUACCCAAUUGUGAUGAUCCAAUGAUCCAAUUACAGAAUCAAGGAAAAUUGUUUACUGUUUUAGGCGUUUCUCACUCUCAGACUAGUCCUACCGCAACAACUGUUCAUCUUAGAGACAACCAUCUCUACACACUUCUGGAGUCCAGGAAUUGUGAAGCCUUCAGGGAUAAUUACACUCUUCCUCCCACCUCUCACUUUGCUUCUUUUCAUAUCCGUUACAAUGUAACCAUGUUCAGAUGCAACCGCACACUCCAUGUCAGCCCGCCAAAAUACGUGCAUAAAUAUACAAAGUGCCAUGACUACGAUCUCUUUUACAGUUACAACAUCACUGCUGAAAAUUCUUUGGCAGCAUGUACGAAGGUUCAGCUUCCAAUUAAAGACGUCCCUGACUCUGGAGACCCUUUUACAUUCGUGACCGCUGAUAUCUUCACCGAAGUAAAAUUAACAGAAGAGUGUGCAAAUUGUCACUACCACCAUAGAGGGCAGUGUCAACUUGACGGCAGAGAGGAAUUUUGUUGUGUCAAUGAGCAAAAAGGACUGAGUCGGAAUGCCAAAUUGGCUAUUGGUUUAAGUAUCGGAAUCCCAGGCAUCGUGAUAAUUGGGUUGGUGCUGUUUCUCCUCCUACUCUGCAAACGAAAACAUGUUACCUCUGGUGGACACUUCCAAUCUAGUAAUUCUUACUCUGAUUCCUCCUCACAUGCACGCCGAGAAAGUGGUAGUGCGUACUUUGGAGUUCCACUCUUCUCCUAUGAGGAGCUUAAAAAGGCAACAAACAAUUUUGACCAUACAAAAGAACUUGGAGAUGGAGGAUUUGGUACUGUCUACUAUGGGAAACUUCUAGAUGGACGGGAAGUUGCUGUCAAGCGCUUAUAUGAGCACAACUUCAGGCGAGUAGAGCAGUUCAUGAAUGAAGUUCAGAUCCUCACUAGUCUCCGUCACAAAAAUCUUGUGUCCCUCUAUGGCUGCACUUCACGGCACAGCCGUGAACUACUCCUUGUGUAUGAAUAUAUCUCAAAUGGCACUGUUGCUUGUCAUCUCCAUGGUGGAUUAGCCAAGCCUGGUUUACUACCAUGGUGUACAAGACUCAAAAUUGCCAUAGAGACUGCUAAUGCUUUGUCUUAUCUCCAUGCUUCCGGUAUCAUCCACCGUGACGUGAAAAGCAGCAACAUUCUCCUUGACAACAAUUAUUCUGUCAAAGUUGCAGAUUUUGGCCUUUCAAGACUGUUCCCGUAUGAUGUCACUCAUGUCUCCACAGCGCCACAAGGGACUCCAGGUUACCUUGACCCUGAAUAUCAUCAGUGCUACCAGCUUACUAGCAAGAGUGAUGUGUAUAGUUUUGGAGUUUUUCUCAUUGAGCUAAUAUCUUCUAAGCCUGCUGUUGAUAUAAGCAGGAGCAAGGAUGAGAUUAACUUGUCAAAUCUAGCCAUAAAGAAGAUUCAAGAAAGUGAAAUUGGUGAUCUGGUAGAUCCUUUUAUUGGUUUUGACUCAGACAAUGAGGUUAAGGGGAUGAUAGUUUCAAUGGCACUCUUGGCAUUUCAAUGUUUGCAGAUGGACAAGGAGUUAAGACCUUCCAUGCAAGAAGUCUUGGAUGAAUUGAGGAGAAUUGAGAGUGUGAAGGAUGAGAUUGAGCUUGUAGAGGAAGCAGAUGUUCAUGGUGUUGGAGUUGCACAGAGUAAUGUACAUCCACCACCACCAGCCUCACCUGAAUGGGAUGAUAUUGGCUUGUUGAAGCAUGUGAAGCAGCCGAGUUCACCAAACACUGUUACUGAUAAAUGGGAAAGUAAAUGUACUACUCCUAAUAUCAGUAGUAAAUCACUUUAGCUAAUAUCAAUUGUUCAUAGUCCAUUUUUCCGGAUCAAAUUUCAUCACUCAUUAUUUGUUGAAAAUGAGUGAAUCAAGGUACCAGUAGCAGUAUAGUCUUAUCCGCUUGUACAGUUGAUUAUAAUAUGAUUAUGCGAGGAAAAGUACUAAACAUAAUAAGACGUGGUAGUUAUCUUCCA